AUGAGCAAGAUGAGCAAGAUGAGCAAGAUGAACAUAGGGGGGAUUACGUUAAUCAUCAUUGCAUGCUGGAGACUGCACAUGGGCUGGGCUGGGCUGGGCUGGCUGGAGCUGGCCUCCAAGACCCAAAGCCUCUCAGACGGUGCUACAAGGAGAAAGGUCGUGUGUCUUGUGCUGCAGCUCCCCGUCAUCCCAUCUCCCAAGUUUCCACCAGCUCCGCCGCGCGCCGUAUCACUGGAUUCCCUAGCCCUGACUGAGCCAGUAUCACAGACGACUUUGCUUGUCCAACGCUGUCUUUGA